UGUUUCCUAUGUCCAUGCAUGUGGCCUUAUGGAAGGUUCAAAUUUAAAGUUACGAGCGGAAGACAUUUUCUAAAGUGGCUACCGAAAGAAAGUCACCUUUUAUUGACUAUUGGUUGCAAUUUACUUUCUCGUCGUGGAAUAUAUCAGUUUUAAUAAUCUAACUUAAUCUCGAUUGGAUCGUGAUCUGUAGGACGGUUUCAUUACUUUGUGAAGAUGAUACGACGGGAGUUUUAAACGACUGACUGAUGCUGGCUACCAAAGGUUGAGCAAGUGUGUGCAUUCGUGGCGUGGCAUUUUGAAAAAUUAUACUUUUUCUGAUCAGGGUGUACUUAUUCGUUAUCCGAGCAGUGAAAAUCAGAAUCAAAGAUGUUGCAUUGCUACUGAAGAACAUUCUAUUUUAUGAGACGCUAUUUGUCUAUUGCAAAAGUCUUUUUCGGUAGCAUUUAUUGUCAAAGCGAAUAAGACUUUCAGUGACAUAGAAAGUAAUAAAAUACAGUUGCUGGCAACUGUCUAUCUUUCCAUGAUGCCCUAUGUGUAUUUACCUGCAUGUCACUUAUCCAAUUUUUAGGCACGCGCAGCAUAUUAAUGGUCCAAUGAAAGAAAUUGCAGGCUAAAACGAUAGAACUAACGUGCGCGCAGUGAUUUUUUUCUUUGUUAUGAAACACACGAUUAAAAAUGAUAAAUGAGUAAUGGAGGUGAAUUGGAUGCGUAAAAUAAAGUUCAAAGUGUUAGUUCUGAAGUAAAGUGAAAUUCCUUGUUGAUGAAGACAAAAACUACAAUAGAGUUCUGGAUAGGCUGUCUCCUUAAAAUCUGGAUUACGCGGGAGAAACGAAGAUAUCCGAGUUUUUGCCGGUUCAUAAAAAAAGGAGUGCGCACGGAAAACUAUGGAAUGAGGGAAAGUUCUGGCAACGCUGCCGAGGUGUUACCAGUAGGAGCUGGAGCUGCGGUGCUGGUGCUAAGCGAACUAGAAAGCAUGGCAUCCCGGCAGCAACGAGAAAUUGCUCAGCAGAAACGCCUCUUGGAGCAACGUGAAGCUCAAUUAGCUGUUCUUCGAGGAGCACAUGAACCAGCACAGCAGGAUAGACUGGCAAGGCUUAGGCACCGUCUUGACCAGCAGCAAACCAAGCUAAAUCGUUUGCGAUUACUAAGGUCACAAACUGAUCAGUCACGAGUCAGCAAUGCCACAUUAACGUCAGAUUUGGACUGUAUAAGAGCUUUGUUUAAUGAAAAAGAAAAGGAACUCUCAGUAGCUGUUGCCAAGGUCGAUGAAUUGACUCGUCAACUGGAAGAUCUUCGUGGACAAAAUAAUAUUGUUAGUAAUAAUGCAGGUGGGAUUUUUUCGACUUCUGCUAGUGCUGAAUUGGAGAAACUACGUAGGGAGCUAUUGUUUCGCAAUAAGAUGAAUGAACAGCAGAACAAGAUGGUCUCGCAACAGAGAUUGGCUCUAGCCCAAAAACAGGCAGAAAUGGCAUCCAUCGAUGCCAGGAUAGCUCAGCUACAAGGAAGGUUGCACCGUAAAAGAGUCUUAAAUCAACGAUUGAGUCAACAUUUAAAAUUUUCUAAUAGAUCGUCAACCAAUCAAACUUUCCUUGACACUAAGGUUGACUUUACAAAUAGCGGUAAAUCUCGACCAGCUGGUAAUAUAGCAGCAAUCGAACCGUACUCACAUAUUCCUAAUGAUGAUUUUAACAUAAAGAAAACCGAUCCUAAAUACCAGACUUUACCCUACAACACUAAGUUCGCCGUCAAUUUUAAAGGAACAGACGACGAUGUCAAUAUAAACAAAGUUCAACAUACUGCAAGUGCUUGCCAAAUAGUUCAAAGACCAGUAUAUCAACAAGUGGGUCAUCAGACAGUUCAUAGUCAAUCCCAAAUUCACGUUCAAGGAAAAUUGCAACUCUUGGGAACUAAUCAACAACACCUGCAAAACAAUACACAAAUCUUAGUCAACCAGUCUUCAUCAAACUCCAAUGUUAAUGCGAAUAAUAAUGGCAAUAACAACAAUAACAACAAAAAUUCAAAUCAGAACAAGUAUAUUCUGGAGAAUCAAACUUCGUCUCAAAUUUUUCGAAUUCAUGGAACGCAACAGUCUCAGAAACAGGGAAAUCUUCAGCAAAAAUGUCCUAACGCCGUAAAUAUCUCGAAUUCUAAUUUGGCUUCGAAUACUCAAGUAGUUGCUCUGAUUAAAAAUCACGGAAACGUUAGAACACAUCAAAAACCGGUAUCUAGUGUAGCGCCAAGUUUUCCUGUAAAAUCACCCAUUUACCAAACCUCUUCUACCAAGAUUCAUCCUGUAAUGCCACAGACCUUGAAUUUUAUUGGGAAAAUUAACCCAGGAGCUCAGAAUUAUAAUGCCUUGAGCGUUCAAAGUCAAAAUAAUCAAUUGAGUGCGAAUAUUCAAAGUAAUGUAAACCAAGAACUUAACUCGCUAUCAAGGAUUAAUCAAUUGGGUACCACUCACCAUCAGCAGGAAAAUAUUACUCAAUCUAAAACCAAUCAGGCGCAAGGUUCACAUACUGCAGCUCAAAGUAUGAUUUCGCUAAGUGCAGCUAAUUUAAAUUUUAAUAAUUACUCUUAUCAAAGUGCUAUGCAACCACAAGGAAUAUGUACUAUGACACUUGUUAGUGAACAUUUGAUUGAUAAAUUAAAAUUGGAACCUGCCAAAAAUCAAGACAAAUUUGAACAUCUUUCAGCCACUAAACACGAAUCGCAAAUACGUCAUGAACAAAAUGCAUUAAUGUACGACAGCCCACAGAAUAAAUACGAACAACACGAUAAAUAUGAUCAAGCUACACAACCAUUGAAAAUAUAUGAACAAACUCCAAAGCUCGAUCAAUCUUAUGUUUACAAAACGAAUGUAUAUGAAGACGCUGCAAAACGUGAUUUAAAUUCAGUAAAGCAGGAGGGAUCGCACGUGAAACUUGAGCAUAAAAGAAAACUAGAUAAUCCUACAAAAUAUGAUAAUGGAUCAGUUGUACAUCAGGUCAAGCAACACGAGCAACGUGAUACACAAUCUUCAAUCAAGUUUAAUCAGCCUCUAUCUUUCAAGCACGAACUAGUAGUAAAGUGCGAUACUUCGAAGGAAUCUUUGUCAAAAUCCAAUCAAGUGAAUCACGAGCAAAACCAAACAAAUUUUGAAAAUACCACAACCAAGUACGAACAUAAUUUUCAAAUUUUACAAAAUGACCAUACAAUUCAAUUUGAAGCACUUAAUAAACCAUUAGAGAAACCCUCUGAGUACGAGCAGUUGAUAGCACAACGCGAGAGGAUGAUAAACUCUAAUGAGUUGAACUGCGAAGAUAAGACUAAGCCAACCUUACCACCAAAAUCUAGUAAGCCUAAUCUACCACCUAGAUUAAACAAUCACGAAAUUCUGGAACUUACUAACGACGUGGAUGAUGACAAAGCAACAACAAAUCAAGUUUACAGAGAGGAAAAGGAAGAAGAUAUUCCACCUAUGCCAACAUCCGAGCCACCCGAAUCGCCGACACAAUCUCAGAGUGGAAAUCAACACAUUAUUAAAUCUCGUCCCGUACAUUUUAAGAAAGUACCUAUCUCAGAGCACUCAAAGCUAAGGUACUCAAAAUCUAAUAUUCAUGUAUCUAUAAACAGACGAAUUGAAAUGCCCCCUGCAUUUCUUUUUCCUGAGACUGAGAUACCAGCAGACCUGAUUCAAGCUGAUGUACAUCAAUACCAGCAUUCACAACAGCAGCAAACAUCAAACCAAACUGUAAAGGAGGAAUCUGGUCCUAAUGAAAAAUUAGAAGACGUUGAUAUUGUCGAUUCUUUGAAUUUUAUUAAUAUUGAAAACAAAAUCAAAAUGAAGUCUGACAAGGAUCGAAAACCAGAAGUGGAAUUUGAAAGUAAACCAACAGAGACAACAAGACGGAAAAAAGGUAACCUAAAAUCCACUACAGGAAAAGCGAAUCUUUCGAGGCGUGUCUCUUUUGAUCCUUUAGCUCUUUUGCUGGAUGCUAGUCUCGAGGGUGAGGUAGAAUUAGUGAAGAAAACUGCCAAGGAGGUGUCCGACCCUAGUUCGGCUAAUGACGAGGGUAUAACAGCUCUGCACAAUGCUAUUUGUGCUGGUCAUCUGGAAAUCGUCAAGUUCCUAGUCGAGUUCGGCUGUGACGUUAAUGCACAAGACAGCGAUGGGUGGACUCCGUUACAUUGUGCAGCUAGUUGCAAUAAUUUGGCUAUGGUCAGAUUCCUGGUAGAACAUGGAGCCUGUAUUUUUGCCACUACCUUAUCCGAUCAUGAAACAGCAGCAGAAAAAUGUGAAGAAGAUGAAGAGGGUUUUGAUGGCUGUUCAGAGUAUUUAUAUAGCGUUCAAGAAAAAUUGGGGAUCAUGAAUAAUGGCCAAGUAUUUGCACUGUUUGAUUACAGUCCACAACAUAGUGAUGAGCUUUUAUUAAAGAAUGGAGAUUCCUUUGUUGUCCUCAGAAAGGGUGACGAUGAUGAAAGAGAAUGGUGGUGGAGUAAACUGGGAAACAAGGAGGGUUAUGUACCACGAAAUUUAUUAGGCCUCUAUGCAAGAGUAAAGCCAACCAAAGUGGACAGAAACCAUUUGAUAUCUACAAAAGAUCAGUAAAAUCUCCCUUGUAUUGUUAGAGUAUUCUAUAAGCGAUAUUAGACUGUUAAGCACCAGAAAUAUAAGUUUAUUUUUCAUCAAUAUCAUAUUUGUAAUUACCUCUGUAGUUGAAAGUGUUUUUUUAAAAUAAACGUUACACGGUGUGCCUGAACAUAGGUUUAAUGACAAAAACUUUCACCACAGAUAUUUGAACCGGAAUUAAUUAGUACUUCAAAAUAAAGGAUCUGUAUCGAAUUUCAAAAAUCUUUGCCGGGCGGUUUCGAAAAAAAAGUGCGUUUGAAAUUUAAAAUUAUCAAAUUGUCAAAUUUAAAUAAUUUACUACAAAAAUUAUAUUUAUUGCAUUCAUUUAACUAUAUUAGUAUCGUUUUAUAACCAUAUAAUUAUAUUAAAACGCACAUAAUGUUGAAUUAUUACUAAUUAUUCUAAAUAAAUCUCUCAAAAAACUGAAUGAUUAUAAAAUAAUUGCGAAAUAAUUUAAUGAUAUGCACAUUCAUUUCAAAAUAGUUUUUUGACUAAAUUUAACAGUUAUAAGUAUUUUACAGUAAUUAUUAUUAUUAUAUAUAUCUUGCACAAAAUACAUCCAUUGAUAUAACACAAUUAUAUUUAAUUAUUUAUACAAAUUUAUAGAAACAAAUCAAAUUCAUUUUUAUAUGUCUAUUAUUCAAUUUCAAACGGGAGGAGAGUUGUACGCUCGAACUGCUUUUAAUAAAUUCAAAUAACAAAAAAAUACAAAAAAACAAAAUAAAAAAUAGAAAACAAAUAAAGUUCAUUUUUCUUCUAUGUAAUACAUGAAAAAACACUGCAUGAACUUUUGGUGUAACAGAUAUCUCCAAGUAACAGUAGCUUUCUUGAAAUGCAGAAAUAUUUUUUCAUAAUUUUCUUUUAAAUGUGGAGAAAAAUAAGAAUCUGCAACUGCUCGAAAGUCUUGAAAACACUUUACAUAUUUAAGGUAUUUGAUACAACAAAAACUACGUAAAAUGUCUAUUUUAUUCAACAGUUUUUUACAAGAGCAUAGAAUCUUUUUAUGCCGAUUCCAAAAAAAUUUGGGCUAACUAUAAAGUAGCUUAUACAAAUAUAAGCUACUUUUUUUUGGAAUCGGCAUAAAA